CUCUACGAAUGCUUAUCUAGCCUAACAACAAUAAUAGUCAACAGAUGUAGAUCUACAUUAGCUCUAGUCUAGAUCAUCAACAUCAUUAUUAAAAUAUAACAUUUAUCGUAAGCAUGCUAUCGCGAUUCAAAGGUUGCCUUGUUGGUGCAGUGGUCGGUGACUGUAUUGGGGCUAUUUAUGAAGGACAUUAUGCUAAAAUUCAAACCAGUUUAAUAAUAGAGAAACUCAAGAAAUUAGACAAAGCUAGAGAAAAUUUAAAAGAAGGUGAUGAGAAACCAUUGUCAUAUACUGAUGACACUGCCAUGACUCAAAGUGUUGCUUUGUCACUCAUUCAAAAAGGGUCAUUUGAUGCAGCAGACAUGGCAAAGAGGUUUGCUGAAAAGUUCUUUAAAGAACCUAAUCGAGGAUAUGGAGGAAAUAUCUAUAAGGUUUUUCAGGAACUCGAAGAUAUUGAUCCUGAGGAUGUCUUUAAACCAGCAGCCAAACAAUUUAAUGGAUCUGGUUCCUAUGGCAACGGAGGAGCAAUGAGAAUAUCUCCUGCACCACUUUUUGCUUUCAAUGAAAACAAUGAUACAAAACUACAGGAACUAGUCACCUCUAUCACUAGACUGACUCAUACCCAUCACCUUGCUAUACAUGGAGCCAUCCUUGUCGCCCACGCCAUAGAUCAGAGCUUACGAUGUGACGCAGAGGUAGAUGUCAAUAAAUUCAUUGAUGAUUUGAUAACAAAAUUGAAACCCUUGGAGGAGAAAUAUGUUGCCAGCAGCCAGGAUGAGCCACCAACUAAGAAAUCUGUCAAGAGAUCUCUAGAUGAAGAAGAAACUCCAUACUGUGCUAAACUAGCUAGGAUGAAAGAAAUGUUGCAAGAUGAAUCAUUACAGAAAUCCACAAUAAUUCAUGACCUUGGGCAUGAUGUUGCAGCAGUCAGCUCAGUCCCAGCAGCUGUUUUAAGUUUUCUGAUAGCAACUCAAAAGAUUCCGAAACUCAAAGACUUAAACCAAUUUGAACAGACAAUCAUCUAUGCAAUAUCACUUGGCGGUGACACUGACACUAUUGCCACAAUGGCAGGAGCCAUGGCUGGGGCUCUGUACGGGAUAGAAAGCAUUCCUGAAACUUGGCGAGCUUGCUGUGAAAGUGUGAACAAAGCUGAAAAAAUGGCAGAGGAUCUUUUCAACCUAAAUAAUAGGUCCUCUUCAUCUUAAGUUACUUGCUACUUUGUGUUACAUUUAUUGAUUUCUCUUUUGUUUAUUUUAUGCAUUUCAAGAAAAGUCAAAACAGUUCACUAAUAAAAAGAUCAUUGAUCCGUGUUGGCACAGAG